AGCAUGGUUUCCCUCCGGCUGCAGAAGCGCCUUGCUGCCUCCGUGCUCAAGUGCGGCAAGGGUAAGAUCUGGCUUGACCCGAAUGAGGUCAACGAGAUCUCCAUGGCCAACUCCCGCCAGAACAUCCGCAAGCUGGUUAAGGACGGUUACGUGAUCCGCAAGCCCGUCGCCAUCCACUCCCGCUCUCGCGUGCACCGAAAGAACGAGGCGAAGAGGAAGGGAAGACACAUGGGCUUCGGUAAGCGCAAGGGUACCGCCGAGGCUCGUCUCCCCACCAAGGUCAUCUGGAUGCGUCGCCAGCGUGUUCUCCGCCGCCUCUUGGCCAAGUACAGGGAGCAGAAGAAGAUCGACAAGCAUCUCUACCACGUUCUCUACAUGAAGUGCAAGGGUAACGUGUUCAAGAACAAGCGCAACCUCAUCGAGUUCAUCCACAAGGCCAAGGCCGAGAAGGCUCGUGAGAAGUCGCUCGCUGAUCAGGCUGAGGCUCGCCGUAACAAGGCUCGCCUUGCUCGUGAGCGCCGUGCCGCUAGGGUUGAUGAGAAGCGUGGAGUGUCAGAGAAGGAAACACCUAAGGAUGAGCCCGCUGAGCAGCCGGCCGCGGAGAAGCCCAAGAAGGAGAAGAAGAGCAAGAAGUAAACUAGAAGGGAAAUUCUCUUGAUUCAUUAAAACCCGAAAAGACAUACUC